CUUUGCCUCUCCAUUGACUUUUAUUUUUCACCAGUCAGUAUUCUCAUCAUGACCAAAGCUCUUUCAAGGAUACAUGGUUCAUUGAUGAAAGCUGCUAUAAAAACCACUACCUCACUACGAUACUUAUCACCACGAGUUGAUUCAUUAUGGACAUUUCAAGGAAGACCUGCCGUAGUUUCUCAACAACAACUGUCCUCAUCCAUCAUUUUGACAGCUUCGACUACUUUAAUUCGUAACCACGGUACAACUCCUCAUCGUCAUCACCAUGGAGCCGGCGAUCAUAUUCAUGCAGAUCUGGCUACCACAUUGAAAGCGUCUGGAAAGAAAGGUAUGCAAAUCACAUUGAUUGGCUUGGCAGCGAAUGUUGGCUUGACAGCAUCCAAAGGUGUUGCCGGUUGGUAUAUGAAUUCUGCUUCUUUAUUGGCAGAUGCUGCACAUUCUCUUAGUGAUCUCCUCAGUGACUUUGUUACAUUGUAUACCGUCAAAAUGUCAAGAAAACCACCAGAUGCUAUUUAUCCCUAUGGUUAUGGCAAAUAUGAAACUGUUGGCUCAUUUGGUGUAUCAACUCUAUUGAUUACUGGUGGGAUUGCCAUUGGAUUCCACUCGUUUGAUUUAUUGAUGACAACUUUGAAUAUGUUACCUACAUCUACUGAUAGUAUUAAUUCUGUAGUUGACACUAUAUCAAGUAUGACAUCAUCUUCUAUUGAUUCAACAACAGUAUCACCUUCACCUUCUUCAUCAUCAUCCGAACCUUCAAAAACAGCAUUGUCAACACUGUCAAGUACAUUCUCAUCUCUCUUUCAUCAUCAUCAUCAUCAUCAUGAUGGUAAUAUUUUGGAUCCAAAUGCUGCCUGGUUUGCUUUAGCAAGUGUUGGUGUAAAAGAAUGGUUAUAUCAUGCAACUCUCAAGGUUGGUAAAAGUGAACACAGCGAUGUAUUGGUGGCUAAUGCUUGGCAUCAUCGAUCGGAUGCAUUUUCAAGUAUGAUUGCUUUGGUUGCUAUAGGUGGAUCUUAUGCAGGCAUCCCUGUACUUGAUCCUCUGGGUGGAUUAUUAGUCUCUGGUUUCAUCGUGAAAAGUGGUGCAAGUAUUAUGAAUAAUUCUGUGAAAGAAUUGAUAGAUAAAGGGAUUCCUUCAAACGAAAUUGAUGAAAUCAAAUCAGUCAUUGCCAAAGUUAAGGAUGAAGAACCUCAAUUGGUGGAUUUUUAUUCAAUUCGAGGAAGAAAACUAGGACCAUUCAAACAUUUAGAUAUGAUUUUACAAUUAGAUCCCAAACUUCCUGUAGAACAAGCACAUCGUAUUGAACAGAAGGUGCGUGCUACAGUCAAGAAAGAAAUUCCCAUGGUGCAAGAAAUUUUGAUACAUGUAGACGCUGAAAAGCAACCCCCUCAUCAUUAGACUUUUUGUUAUUAUUAUUUUUUUAUAUUAGAUUGUAUUAUCAUUAUAUAUUUACCUAUAUUUAUCCCCCCAACCUUUUUAUUAUUAUUAUUAUUAAUAAAGAUAAAACCUACUACUAGAUUUUUCCCUGUUGUGGAUUGCAUUUUUUUUUUUU